AUGUCUGGACUCGCCUCGGAUGAAGUUGCUGAGGACUACAAAAACUCUCUCGAGGAUCUGACGACAAACGACAAGUUCCAAAUCAGCAAUUUAACUGUGAUUGCCAAGGAAAAUACUGAACAUGCGAUGGCCAUCUCCAGGGUACUGGAAAACCAUAUACGGACAACCCCUCCGUCGCAAAAGCUUCCAGCUCUCUAUGUAGUGGACUCAGUGGUCAAGAAUGUAGGGACUCCCUACACCCUAUUCUUAGGGCGGAACCUUUAUCAGACCUUCAUGAACGCAUACACAUUAGUCGAUUCUCAGACUCGGAAGAAGUUAGACGAGAUGCUGAAAACAUGGAAAGAACCCGUUCCGGGGUCAUUGGACCCCAGACCUGUGUUUCCUGUUGAGAUCACUCGCAGUAUUGAAAACGCUCUGAUAAAAGCAAGGACCGCGGCGCUUCAGCAGCAGCAAGCAAGGCAGCAGCAGGACCUUCGCACCUGGAAUCGCGGAGUUUCAACGCCUCCUCCUGCAUGGAAAAGCGUGCUGACGCCACCACAGGGCCCAGCGCAACAAGCCCAAACCAAUGGUCAGAAACCUUCGGAUCCUUACCAAGCGAGAUACACGCAAACUACCCCCUCACAAUAUCCUCCAAUCACCCAGCAACAGCAAUAUGGUCAAUCGCACCCAGAAAUAGUUGAUUUGGCUUCCUUGCAUCGCGAUAUCGACAAUCUGAUUAUGAGCGCUCGAAAUGAUUUUGCCAAUCGGCCCCUUGAUUCUUCUGUCCAACAGCGACUUAAGGCGCUGUUGGAUUUGCAAAGCAUUCUUCAGCAGCAAAAGUUGCCCCAAGAACAGUUAAAACUUAUCCGCGAUCAGGUCUCUAAACUCGCGAUCGCCGCUCCUCCUACCCCUGUUCCCGUGCCCGCAGCUCCAGUCCCUACCACAGCCGUUCAGACGCCGUCCAUCCCCACAUUAACGACUCACACUCCGCCACCAAAUCUACAAGCCUUAUUAAACCCCACUACACUCGCAAGUUUGAUCAAAGCUACUGCAAAUUCGCAAAAUCGCACGCCUCCCCCUCCUCCCCCGGCGCCGCUGGCUCAAGUUUUCCCACAACAAGCCCCUGCCAGCUCAUCCAAUACACCUUCGAUUUCAGCUCCUGUAGUUACGGAAAAUCCUUUAAUCGCUUCGCUUAGGGCCCGCGGCCUUCUUCCACCAGUACUCAACACUCCCCCUCAGCAACCACCCGCCAACCUCCCAUUUCUACUUCCAAGUCAGAAUGGAUACACGCCAAGUACAACGCCACAGUUACCAACUCAAACUCAAACUGAUAUUAAGAUUAGUGUACAGAUGAGUUCGGCAUCUAUCAAAGUCCCUCGUCCAAACCUUAUUUUCCGCCUAUAUGAGGAGAAGCCAAAUCGCUGUGGAACAUGCGGUCGUCGUUUUGCAGCUGAUGAUGCAGGGAAAGAGAAAAAGGCUCGUCAUCUGGACUGGCAUUUUAAAACUAAUUUGCGUAUGAACGAAGCAUCUAAGCGUGGCCAGAGUCGCAGUUGGUAUGUGGACGAAAGGGAUUGGAUCAAAUCUCGAGAGUAUGAUGAUGAUGUUGAUAUAACGGAUGCCAUGGCCGCUUCGGCCGGGAAAUCAGGGGGCCAAGAUGGAGCCGCGCAAAAUGCACCCCAACAACGAUGGAUUCAUGCGCCAAACGACGCAGCCCUUCGGAACACACCGUGUCCUAUUUGCCAGGAGCACUUUGAAUCAACAUGGUCAGAGGAAGCUCAGGAUUGGAUAUGGAGGGAUGCGAUUAAAGUGGGUAAUCGUGUAUAUCAUGCUAGUUGCUAUUCAGAACUCACGAAGGAUGGGACAACUGCUGCUAUUGCCGGCUCCGCGACGCCACUUGGGAGGACCGGAACACCUGAUUCUGUGCUAGGGAAGAGAAAAGCGGAGGUAAGACUUUAUGGGUGCUUUAUGAUGAUUGCAACCAAUGGAUCCUAA